UCUGCCCCAUCCUACUGUGUCCCUCUUGGUCCUUGUGCCUCUUCAACCGUCUCACCCUCUACCCAGCCUCUCCAGUCUCUCGGCGGUCUUCUUUCUCUCUACCUCUCUUCCACCCUCUCGGUUCCUCUUCCUUCAUUCACUUUCCUCCUGUCCCUGAGCUGGCCUUCCACUCCUCCUUUCCCGCCUCUUCCCAGUCUCCCCUCUGCCUUCUGCUUGGCUUCCUGCUCUCACCUUGACCUUCACCGCCCACCGUUCCCCCAUAUCUUCACCAUAUUAGUACCCUCAGCACUUCAGCCUCAGAGUAUUGCUCUUGCUUUCUGGAUUGUCCCAGAGUCUAAGGCACUCUUAGGGCUCCAGUUAACGUGCUAAAGAGGCUGUCCAUCGGAGGGCUCCUCGUCGUUGAUUGGGAAAAAGAAUCUGCAUAGAUUUAAAUUUUUUGUUCUGUGGUUGGCUUGGAGUAUUAACAGACCCAUGGGUGUGGCGUUGACCAGAUCGGCACAGUGGACAGCUGCAGGGUAUGGGACUGGAACCCUGGAGAUCACCCCACUGAACGAGUCAAUAUUGAAUGAAAUUAAUAAAUUUGUGGAGUCUUUCAUUUAUAAAUAUCCCCAAGAGGCAAAAUUCAUUUUUGUAGAACCACUUGAGUGGAAAACAAAUUUGGAGCCCUCAACAUUUGAAUCAGGUUAUAUUAUCAGUGAAACGACUGCCAAAUCAGAAGAAGUUGAUAAAGACGGAGAGCCCCUGCUGUUUCUUUCUGUGCCUCACAUUCAAGUCAGGAGCUUUGGGCAGCUGGCACAGUUGUUAUCAGCUGCCAAAGACAACAAGCUGCAGGAGGCCCAGGCCUGUAUUGAAGCUAACAGAGACCCUAUCGUGAAAAUCUUGGGCUCAGAUUAUGGUGAAACGAAAGAAGAUUCCACUACCUUAACUAUUCUUGAUACGAUCAACAAAGACAAUGAAACGUAUACCAAAAGGAAAAUUGCCAUCCUGCUGAAGCAACUGGACCUGCAUCUGCUCAAUCAUUCCCUUAAGCACAUCUCACUAGAGAUCCGUUUGAAUCCAGCGACGUUUAAGAAAGACAUUGAGCUGCUCAAACGUUUUUCCGGAAAAGGGGAACAGACAGUGUUGGAGUCAAUUGAAUACACUUCAGAUUAUGAAUUUUCAAAUGGCUGUCGCGCCCCACCAUGGAGACAGAUUCAAGGGGAGAUUUGUUAUGUGCUGGUGAAACCGCAUGAUGUGGAUACUCUGUGCAUCACCUGCAGUGCAGAAGGAGUGUUUUUAAAUGGUGGCAAAACAGAAGAGGAGGGACAAAUUAAUUAUGAGAGACAAGGUGAAAUUUACAAAGACCUUGUUACAUGUUUAAAAGACAAAUCACCUGUAUUUUCAGAAAAUAUGUCUAAGCAGGAAAUUAGAUUCAAUGAGGAACAACAGAGGGAUCCUCAGGUUUAUGAGAAAUCCAAGACAGAAGAUGUCCAAUUAUCUGCAACUAGUUCAGAGAAGAAUAAAAUGGAGAAGAACCAGAUUAACUUUGGGAAAAGUCAUAUGACCAAGAGACUGGAGCCAAGCUUAAACUGGAGAGCAACUGUUGAUUACAAAGACCACAAAAGCUCCAUAAAGGAUAGCCAAGAGGAAAAACAAGGAAAAUUUGAAAAGUCAUCAGCAUCUGUUUCCUCUGGCCGUGCACAGUUACUCCGUAAGGGUGGUGAGAAGGUAGAGGAGACUGCCAGUGAGAGCUCCUCAGAGAGUGAGGAAGACGAGGAACCUCCGGACCACCGCCAAGAAGCCAAUGCUGACUUGCCAUCGGAAUACUGGCAGAUUCAGAAGCUGGUGAAAUAUUUAAAGGGGGGAAAUCAGACAGCAACAGUGAUUGCUUUGUGUUCCAUGAGGGAUUUCAACUUAGCUCAAGAGACCUGUCAGCUGGCAAUUAGAGAUGUUGGAGGACUUGAAGUCUUAAUAAAUCUACUUGAUACAGAUGAAGUCAAAUGCAAGAUUGGUUCAUUAAAAAUUCUGAAGGAAAUCAGUCAUAAUCCUCAAAUCAGACGUAAUAUUGUUGACCUUGGGGGCUUACCAAUUAUGGUUAAUAUACUGGAUUCUCCACACAAGAGUCUCAAAUGUUUGGCAGCUGAGACAAUUGCAAAUGUGGCCAAGUUCAAGAGAGCCCGACGGGCAGUAAGACAGCAUGGAGGCAUAACCAAGCUGGUUGCCCUGUUGGACUGUGGACAGAAUUCAACAGAACCGACUCAACCAAGCCUGUACGAAACCAGAGAUGUAGAAGUGGCUCGCUGUGGGGCCCUCGCACUCUGGAGCUGCAGUAAGAGUCACUCGAACAAAGAAGCCAUUCGUAAAGCUGGGGGCAUCCCCUUGUUGGCUCGACUACUGAAGACUUCUCAUGAAGACAUGCUCAUUCCAGUGGUGGGGACCUUGCAAGAAUGCGCAUCAGAGGAAAACUACCGAGCUGCCAUCAAAGCAGAGAGGAUCAUUGAAAACCUCGUGAAGAACCUGAAUAGUGAGAAUGAGCAGCUGCAGGAGCAUUGUGCCAUGGCCAUCUACCAGUGUGCUGAAGAUGAGGAAACCCGGGACCUUGUUAGGCUGCAUGGAGGACUUAAACCCUUGGCCAGUCUACUCAAUAACACAGAUAAUAAAGAACGAUUAGCCGCUGUCACUGGGGCAAUCUGGAAAUGCUCCAUCAGCAAAGAGAAUGUGAUUAAGUUUCGAGAAUACAAGGCCAUUGAGACACUGGUGGGACUUUUAACUGAUCAGCCUGAAGAAGUCCUCGUGAAUGUGGUUGGGGCCUUGGGAGAAUGUUGUCAAGAAUAUGAAAACCGGGUCAUCGUCCGGAGGUGUGGUGGCAUCCAACCUCUUGUGAACCUCCUGGUUGGAAUAAACCAAGCACUUCUUGUGAAUGUCACAAAAGCCGUGGGUGCAUGUGCAGCAGAACCAGAAAGUAUGGUGAUAAUUGAUCGCUUAGAUGGAGUUCGCCUGUUGUGGUCCCUGCUCAAAAAUCCACACCCAGAUGUGAAGGCCAGCGCAGCAUGGGCACUCUGUCCCUGCAUCGAAAAUGCAAAGGACGCUGGAGAAAUGGUCCGUUCCUUUGUUGGUGGUUUGGAACUUGUGGUCAAUCUAUUGAAGUCAGAUAAUAAGGAGGUCCUGGCAAGUGUCUGUGCUGCUAUCACCAACAUAGCAAAAGACCAGGAAAACUUGGCUGUCAUUACAGACCAUGGAGUUGUCCCUCUGUUGUCCAAACUUGCCAACACAAAUAACGACAAGCUGAGGCGCCACCUGGCAGAAGCUAUCUCACGCUGCUGUAUGUGGGGAAGAAACAGAGUGGCCUUCGGGGAGCACAAAGCCGUGGCUCCAUUGGUGCGUUACCUAAAAUCGAAUGACACCAACGUGCAUCGGGCUACAGCUCAGGCCUUGUACCAGCUCUCAGAAGAUGCUGAUAACUGCAUCACCAUGCAUGAAAAUGGCGCUGUGAAGCUUCUAUUGGAUAUGGUCGGGUCCCCAGACCAGGAUCUCCAGGAAGCUGCUGCCGGCUGUAUAUCUAAUAUCCGCAGAUUGGCUCUGGCUACAGAAAAGGCGAGAUAUACUUGAAAUGUGAAUCCACACAAACUACCAAAUAACAAGGUCAUACCACUCCCUCUGUCAGGAAGACAGAGUCAAGAAGCAUUUAUUAACCAGUCCUUCAAACAGUCUAAACAAAAACCACAUAGACUAAGACAGAAAUAUUUUUCCUUUAAAAUCACAAGAAUCUUUUUCUUCUAUUUUAUGAAAAGUAAAUAUGUAAUGAAAUAUAAAACCAAUAAAUUUGUGAUAAUUUUCCAAGAAUUUGAGGAUAAAUGUAUACAUUAUUUAUAUAGUUCAACUCCACUUUUGCAUCGGCAAUGAUUUUAAUAAAAACUAUAGCUUUUCUCCAGUGUGCGGUUCCAGACGCACCCGUGAAUGCCUUCAGAAUGCCUCUUCUGCUAAAUCGAUCUGGCUGUCCUGUGCUGACGGCUCGGUCUGCUUGAUCGCUUGCAAACCACAGGAGAGUUCUGAGGAGAUGUGCUGAUUUCACAAAUGAUUAUUAAAUAGAAUUCAGCCUAAGCAGCUGCUCUUAGCAAGAGCAUUCUGAGGUCAUCCCAAACUUCUCCUGUACCAUCAAAGACCCAAGACAAUAAUGUACAACUGUCACCACAUGGCGACGUGCAAACCACAAGGACAAGGGGUCCUUUCACUUUGGGACACACCGAGUGUAAAUGACGAUAUGUUUCAUCUUCUUCAGAGAGAAUCACCAACGGUUUUAUUGAAAUUAAUUUAUGCUGAUGUAAAGACAAUAUUACUGCACAUCCAAUCACUCUGAAUUUCUGAACGGAUUUCUAGCACAUGAAGUACUUUUUAAAAAGUGGUUACAAAGGAUUAGUCGCCCUCUAUCAGGCUAAGAAACAUUAGAACACACUUUUAAAAAUCACUAUGUAACUUCUGUGUUCUGAAAUGUUUGGGAACUAACUGUCCCAACCAUCUAACGUUCACCAGAAAAACAGCUUCGUUUGUGUCAUCUCGGAGAGCCAAGGAUCUCCCUCAGAGAAUGCUUUAGCGAGCGGGCAAGGUCAUUUUAUUGAAGAAAUACUAGACACCGUAUAUGUCAUCCUUUGGAGAAAAGCAUAAACUUAACUGAAUUCAAUGUAAAUAAUUUGUACAAAAUGAAAAAGCCUGUGCGAGAUGAGCAAUGGCAGAGGUUCUGGUAAAAAGGCCAGUGCUUCUGGGAUUUCUAAAGUCUCAUAAAACACCCAUUUUCUUUUCUGCUUUUGAAGGAGAAUAUAAAUGAGAAUACUGCAAAGAAGGAAGCAGCAUUAAUUCUAAGGAUUAACUUUAAAGAGUAAAGCGUGCCUGUCAAGUUCCAGUUAGAUAUUUCUAAAGGUUUCACAGUAACCACUUCUGUUUGACAGCUUUAACAAUCACCUCUGGGCAGUGGGCUGUGAUAACUACAGGAAAUGAAUGAUCGUUAGGUUGUUACUGCAGUGACCUCAGAAGUUCACCAUCAGCUUCGGAUCUUAAAAUAUUCUUGUGUCUCUGGAAUCGAAGGGAAGCAAGAUAAAAAAAAAUGAUGAAGGGAGGGGACGUGUGAAUACUGACAGGAGGAUUGCGUUUUAUGGUGCUCAUAGCUUUUGUUUUUAUGGUUAACAAAUGCAUAAAUUAAAAGCAAUACAGCCAUUUUAAAGACGCCACACACUUAGAAAUGGAUAAAAGCAGAAUUCAGAUUUUCUUAGGUGUUUUCUAAGUAAACAAAUCACCAGCAGUGUAGUGCCUUUCAGAAUAUGAUGUUGAUCUCAAAGGCCAAUGUUGGGCUUACUUUGUGAAAUGGAGUUAUAGAAAAUGCUGGUCUUACUAGAAAAAUGUCAAAGCCUGCAAAGCACCGUCAGUUUUCAGAUGAGUGGAUGAGGCUGAUCAGCCCCUCCCCUGGUCAGCAAGUAUAUGCAGUGAAAAUACUUAUAGAUUUGAUUUUUCCUUCUAUGUAUGAGGGUUUUGUGAUAUUUAUUUUGUGCUAGUGAAGACUUUAAUUCUCUGUGUUUUUUAUGAUGAGUUUCUUUUUUAGGCUUUAUUUUAACAGUAUGUAUAGAGAACACAAUACGCCCUCUGGCCUCUUCAGUUUGGAAGGGGUUUAAGGUGGAAGAAAUUUUAAUUGGAUUUCCUUUGGGAAACCGUAGCCAUGAUCUUCCACCUUUCCCAGUCAUAAUUUACUGUUAUCGGAAUGACUUGUGCUAAAAAUAAUUUGUUUCUUUUUAAACAUUUUCUGUGUUCUAAAAAUGAAUUGACAGUUCUCUUAGGGCACGGCAUCUUGAGUUCUCCUUCCUCGUAGACUGGUGUUACUGAUGUAUAUCUAAAGCAUUCAUACAGAACUGAGAGAUUAUGAUUUAAAAAUACAUGGACAAUGCAUUUCCACUUAAGAAGGAUCUUGGUUGUUUAAAGGAGCAAAGAAGUCCUUUUUCCCCUUUACUUGAUGUAUUAGGUCAAUAAGAUAAAAUUUCCCAGUCCAAAUAGUUUAAACUGCUUACUCUAAUUUCAUUCCAUGAAAAUUUGGGAUUGGAAUAACCUAUGCUCAUUACUGCAAUUCAUAUUAAGAAAAUCAUGUGUUAAACACUUCACUACUUCAAAUUCAACAAACAUUCUCAAACUAAUGGUCCAAGUGUACUGAAGAGUAAAAACAGCAGUCUCUUUCUAAAUGAGAAUAAGAACUAGAAAGUGUUGGUUCUGCUCUGGUGCUACUAUAUUCAGGUACAGUAUUAGAUAUUUAACCUAUAUUGCAUAAUUUAUUUCUUUCAUGGUGGGGUAUGUACCGUGAUGGAGAUAUGGAGGUUGGAGGCACCUGUGAAGCGUCUUGGGAAAUGUACUUUAGCCAUCAGGUCAAGCAGCAUGCACCUUUACCUCUUGAGCCAGUAUUUCAGUAUUGGGUUCUUUUAAUCUUGAUUAACAUGCAGGAGAACCAAUAAAAUAGAUUCCUUAUAUCUCAGUGGAAGUGUCUAUCAAAACAAGAACACCCAGUAAGGCAUUCCAAGACUUUAAAAUUCUCUGUGUUUUGCUCUGCCACAUGGUGCCACCAUCAUGUUCUGCCUUCUUAGAGGCCUAAAGCACGGGGACCGAUUGAUAAUGGCCUACAACUAACAAGGUAAACCUUUCCUCUUUAAAAUUUAAUUUUUUCUAGAUACUUGUUGUAGUGCUGGAAUGUUGACUAGCAAGCUAGGUAUACAAUAAAAAGGUAGUUAUAUGAUAACAAGCUAGGUACAUGGUAACAGAAAUGCUGAGAAGCUUUGGUUCCUUCUUGUGCAGUCCAACCACACACUGAAAGUGUGUCUAUGAGUAAUAAUCCCAUAGGAAGUUUUUCAAAAUAUAUUAUUAAAUUUCAAAGCAGGAUCUGAAGCAGUAUAUAUACUGUGAGGAGUUUUGUUUGUUUGAUUGAUUGAUUUUAAGUCAUGAGCCUAAGAUAAUGCUCAGUGGGUAAAGGUGCUUGCUACGAAGCCUGAUGACCCCAGUUUACUACUAGGGACCCACAUGGUGGAAGAAGAAAACUGAGUCUCAUAAGUUGUCCUUUGACCUCCACAUAUUCAUUGUGGCAGGAUUCUCCCCACUUUCCCCACACACAAUCAUGCACAAUGAACAAAAAGGUUCUAUUCUGUUUUUACAAGAUUUUAGAAAUGACGGAGGGCUGACUGGGCUAGGAGGGAGAUUCACAUACAUAUACAAAACUGCCAGAUAACAAAAUUAAUAAACAUUAUAUAAGUGUAUCUAUUUAGUCACAAAGAGAAAAGACCUUGAAAUUUAUACAGCAAAUUAUAAACCAGUGAGCAUCCUACAUGGUAGACAGAACUGAUUUGUUUCCUGUUUAGUGUGUGUGUGUG